CAGGCCAGUUCCGCUCCGACCACGCCCAGCAAGUCGGCCCUGCACUUUAUCGUCAUCGCCGUGCGCCUCCCUGCUCAUGCUCCAACCACGAUCCGCGGCUUGACGUUGGUUGGACGUCAUCGCCACGCGCCUUCCCGCCCCUGGGUAUUCAAGCUCACGGCGCCCGAGGACUGAACUUCUGUCCUCGACCCAGCCGUAGCUCGUCCGCCACUGCUUCCAACGAUCAUGUUUCCGGCCAUCCCUUCUCCGCGGACCCCAGGUCCUGGAUCCCGAAGGGUCCCGCUGGUUGGAAUUGGGCCGAAUUCAACGCCCCGUGCGGGAAGCAGGAGGGGACAGUCCCUGGGUUCUGCGGUCUUCUCCCCAGUGCUCUUCUCGCCGGUAUCCCGGCGCAGCUCUCUCAGCUCGCGAGGAACACCUACACGGAUACUACCACACCACUCCAUAACUGAGUCUGUGAACUAUGACGUGAAAACAUUUGGAUCAUCUCUUCCAGUUAAAGUCAUGGAAGCCCUAACAUUGGCUGAGGUUGAUGAUCAACUGUCUGUCCAUAUCGAUGAAGGUGGAUGGGCUUGCCUGGUCUGCAAGGAGAAGCUCCUUGUUUGGAAGAUCACCCUGUCCCCCGUCACCAAGUUAUCUGUUUGCAAAGAACUUCAGCUGCCACCUAGUGACUUCCCCUGGAGUGCUGACCUGGUGGCUGUCUCUUACUCUGCCACCUCAGGUGAAGCACAUUCUGUUCAGGCUGUUGCUGUCAUGGUUGCCACCAGUGAAGGGUCCGUCCGCUACUGGCCAAGCCUUGCUGGGGAAGACAUCUACACAGAGACAUUUGUGGACUUGGGGGGUGACAGGAUGUGCAGAUUCCUAACAGCGGUGCAGGGAGGAAGUUUUAUCUUGGCCUCUGCGGGAAGUCAACUAAUUCGGUUGAUACCUGAAAGCUCUGGAAGGAUUUAUCAGCAUGUCCUGCCACAGGGACAAGGCAUGCUUUCAGGAAUUGGUCGAAAGGUUUCUUCCCUUUUUGGAAUUUUGUCUCCUAGUAGUGAUCUCAUGCUUGCAAGUGUUCUCUGGGACAAAAGAAGGUCGAGCUUCUACAGCCUGACGAGCUCAAAUGUCAAUAAAUGGGAAUUGGAUGAUUCCUCAGAAAAGCUAACAUACAGUUGGGAUUUACACAGAGUUCUGAAGGAGAAUAUCACUGAUGCUAUUUGGGGAUCUGAAAGUAACUAUGAAGUUAUUAAAGAAGGGGUCAACAUUCAGUAUUUGGACUUGAAGGAAAACUGUGAUGGGCUCCUGAUUUUGGCAGCAGCAUGGCAUCCAGCAGAUAGUCCUUGCCUUGUCUAUUACUCUCUGAUAACAGUGGAAGAUAACGGCUUCCAGGUGUCAGACACAGUUACUGUGGAAGUCACUCAGUAUAACCCACCUUUUCAGUCUGAAGACCUGAUUAUGUGUCGGUUGAUGGUCCCUGACUUCUCAAACCAGACUGCCUGUCUGUACACUGAAAGUGCUGUCUAUGUGUGCUCCACAGGAACUGGAAAAUUUUCUCUUCCUCAGGAGAAAAUUGUCUUUAGUGCACAAGGAGAUGGCAUUUUGGGUGCUGGCUCCUGUGGCAGUGUUCCCAUCCUCUUCUCUAGAAACAGUGGCCUGGUGUCCAUCACAUCAAGGGAAAGUGUAUCCCUCUUAGCGGAAGACAUGGAGGGGUCCUUGGCCUCUUCAGUCACUGGACCAGGCAAUGAGAGUAUGGUGUUUGAGACCACCACAAAGAAUGAAACCAUAGCACAGGAAGAUAAAACAAAGCUACUGAAAGCUGCCUUUCUGCAGUACUGUAGGAAAGAUUUGGGCCAUGCUCAAAUGAUGGCUGAUGAGCUAUUUUCUCACUCCGACUUGGAUGCUGAUACUGAACUAGACAGGGCUGUCACCCAGAUCAGCGUUGACUUGAUAGAUGACUAUCCAGCUUCUGAUCCACGGUGGGCUGAAUCUGUCCCUGAAGAGGCCCCUGGGCUGAGCAACACCUCGUUGAUCAUUCUCCACCAGCUGGAAGACAAGAUGAAAGCCCACUGUCUCCUCAUGGACUUCCUUCACCAAGUUGGCUUGUUUGGGCGCCUGGACACCUCUCCAGUCAGAGGGACAUUGAUGGCAACCCGGCUGCUGCUGUGUGAGCACGCAGAAAAGCUGUCAGCCACCAUCGCUCUCAAGAACCACCACUCACGGCUGCCAGACCUUGUGAAUGCUGCCAUUCUGAUUACUCUGAACAAGAGAGGGUGCGACAUCCCGGGCAGCCUGACUCCCGCAGACGUCUUCUUUCGUGAGGUAUCCCAGGUAGAUACCAUCUGUGAGUGUCUUCUGGAUCACGAAGAGCAAGUUCUGAGGGAUGCACCACUGGACUCUGUCGAAUGGGCUGAGGUGGCGAUCAACGUCAACACUAUUCUCAAGGAUAUGCUGCAAGCUGCUAAUCACUAUCGCCAAAACAGAAACUCCUUGUAUAGAAGAGAAGAACCACCAAGAAAAGAGCCUGAGUACAUUCCAUGGACAGCCACAAGCAGUCCCACUGGCAUCCGAACAGCAAUAGUCCGCCAGCACGGGGUCAUCCUGAAGACGGUUUACCCGCAGGUGGACAGCCACCUCCGGAACACCUUGACAGAGCAGCUGGUCAUGCUGAUCGACUGCUUCCUGGAUAGUUACGUUUCACAGUUGAAGUCCCUAGACAAGUCCAGUGAUCAAGAAAGAUAUGACAACCUAGAAAUGGAAUACCAGCAGAAAAGAUCAGAACUCUUGUCUGCUCUGCUCACACUAGGCCAGUACCCAUGUGCUGCUUCUCUGGCGGAGAAGUACUGUGACUUUGACAUCUUGGUACAGAUGUGCGAGCAGAUGGACAACCAGACCAGACUGCAGCGCUACAUGACCCAGUUUGCUGAUCAGAAUUUUUCAGACUUUCUCUUUCGUUGGUAUCUGGAAAAGGGAAAGCGGGGCAAAUUAUUAUCUCAGCCCCUGUCUCAACAUGGACAGCUGGCAAAUUUUUUGCAAGCUCAUGAACAUCUCAGCUGGUUACAUGAAAUUAGUAACAAAGAAUUAGUAAAGGCUCAUGCAACACUUUUGAGUUUGGCAAAUAUGGAAACUCGUUACUUUGCAAAGAAAAAAACCCUUCUUGGCUUGAGUAAAUUGGCUGCAUUAGCUUCAGACCUUUCAGAGGAUGCACUGCAAGAAAAAAUCGAAGCCAUGGCUGAGCAGGAGCGUUUCCUGCUGCACCAGGAGACCCUGCCAGAGCAGCUGCUGGCCGAGAGAGAGCUGAGCCUCAGUGCGAUGCCAGUGCUGACCGCACCACAGCUAAUCAGCCUGUACAUCUGUGAUGAAAACAGAAGAGCUAAUGAAUAUGAUUUUAAGAAAGCUUUGGACUUGCUGGAAUAUAUUGAUGAGGAAGAAGAUGUGAAUAUCCAUGACCUCAAACUGGAGAUCCUUUGCAGAGCUCUACAGAGAGACAGCUGGUCUAGCUCAGAUGGUAAAGGCGAUCCAAUUGAAGAGUCCAAAGGCAGUAUAUUUGUAAAAAUCUUACAGAAACUUUUAAAAGAUGGCAUUCAGCUCAGUGACUACUUGCCAGAAGUGAAUGACCUGCUACAGGCUGAUCAGCUGGGAAGCCUCAAGUCCAACCCGUAUUUUGAGUUUGUUUUGAAAGCAAAUUAUGAGUAUUAUGUCCAGGGGCAAACAUAAUUUUUUGUAAAAAUAGCAUUGUUUCUAAAACUUUUAUAAGUGUGUGCUUAUAAAAAUUUUAAACCUCAAAGAAGUUUGUACAAUUUUAUAAUGUUUGUGGCUGAGUUUUUAAAAAUUUUCUUUUGUACUUUAUUUGGAAGCUAAUACUAAAUACUAAAUAGUUAUGUAUGUAACUACAGCUUUGGUUUUUGGUUACACACAUUUUUUUUCCUCACUUUUUCCACAUGAAUUUCGUCAGUUGUUUCCACAUUUGAUGCCCUUUCUUUUUUUUUUUUUUUUUUGGUACUGGGGCUCGAACUUGGGUCCUUGCGUUUGUGAGGCAGGUGGCGGAACCACUGAGCUAAAUCCCCAGCGCUGAUGCCCUUUCUAACUCACUUGGUCCAGUGAGUUCUGUACUUCUUUUCCUAGUUCUGGCUAUUCGUAUGCACAGAUCGCUUCUAGGUCUCAUGUGAUUCUUAAAAAUUAUGAGAUUGCCCAAGCUUGUAUCUGAAAUUGUUGUGACAUUGGGUGUUGUGUGCUGAGCUGGGGCACUUGGCAUCUGUUUUGUUUAGGGCCAGUGGGAAAUAUCUGUCUAGAAACAUAAAUGUCAAAUUUUACCAACUUAUUAUAAGACAGAAAAAAAAGAAUGGGCCUAAUUCUUGUGAGUUUGAUAACUGAUGAACUUUUCUACAUAAUGAACAGUACUAAUAGAAGCACUUUAAUGAAUAAAGUAUGCGUGUGGCUUCUCGCCCAUCUGUAAUUGUCCUUGAGGAUAAUUGCACAGCACCAUGUGAGUUACAGUCUCUCAGUCCUGGAGUUCCCUUCAACCCCAAUGUAUUUUCACAACAAUUUCUGCUGAAUUCUAGUUUCACCACAGUUUGCCUUAGUCACAAGCACGUGUAAUGCUAGAAACUACUGUGGACUGUCCCAAUAUGACCACUGAAAAGUAGUGUUCUCUCAAAACUUUUUUGUCCUAACCAAUCAUCACUCUCUUUAGCAUUAAAUAAAAAAGAGAGAUUAGAGGGGCACAGCUGCUGUAUCCACACUUUGGCCAAGGCCAGUGAUUACUAACCACCUUAGUCAGAUGGCUGGGAAGGUCAGAAUUGCCUGGUGAAUUGCCUGGCUUCUGAGCCCUCCCCUUGUGCCCUUUCACCUGGGACUUCCAGUCUAGCCCUUGACUUGUUUGGAAGAAUAGGCUAAUGGAGUUGUGAAUCUUGACCAAAAAAGAAUGUUAGCAGCCUGGGCUUUGAUUGGAAGAAUAGGUUAAUGGUCCUGUUUCUCUUAACCAAAGAAGGAAGUGAGGAGCCUGGUAAAUCAAGGAACCCAUGGUGACUGCUAGUAUCACAUGACAGAUUCCUAUGGAAAAGUUUGUUUGCUGUCUUUGGGUGCAGCUGAAUUCCAUAGGGACCUUGAGUGACAGCAUCAAGGUAUUGCCCUUGACUCUGAGCAGAAGGAAGGCAGCAGUGGCCAUGAACUGACCUGAGACACUUGGUGGUGACUCUCUAGGGCUUUGGGGGACACAGGCCCUGAUCCUGUAUGGAACUGAGACAAGUUUUAAAGACUGGAAGGUGUUUCUCCUCUUACCAGGGCUGUUGGCCUUGGUUUGGGGCUGGGGGAUUCUUUAAGAACUGGACUGUGGUCUCCAAGGCUGACUCAUUGGCUUUGUGUGCUGCUGUAACCCAUGCACCAGACACGUUGAAGCCACCUCAGAAAUACCCAGGCCCUACCACCUGUUCCUGGGUGUUCAGACCUGGGAAUGCCUGAAGAGAAGUAAGUAACAUACUCAUGGGUAAAAUACCACUCACUAAAUACCAAAGUGCAUUCUGAAAAGUAAUAUUGUGUUUAAAAAGACUAGAAAAGGAAAAAUCUGUUACUUUUUUCCUUUAAAAAAGCAUUUGGAAUAAAAUAGACCCUUUAACCCCUGCCCCAGCCAGAAAUAAUUUUGGUUCCCAGUUUGAAAUGUGUUUUAGGAUGUUUUGGACUGUAUGUACCUUUUUGUUUUGUAACCUGCUUUUCUUCUAUGAGCUGUGAACAUUUCUCUGUACUACAUCCCAGAGUUUCUCAACCUUUCCCCACGUUAUCACCCCUCCAAAGGAGCCCUUUUGGAUAGUUUUUCCCACUUGCCUCCCAACCUAAUGAAAUUUCAGCAUCACACAUCUACUGUGUCUUUGUUUGUACCAUGACUUUUAGGGGGGCACAAAUAAUUGUAAAUAUUUAAGUUUUUUUCAUUUCCUAAGAACCAGUUUUUGCACUCUUGAGAAUGAGCGUUUUAAAUAUUCUUCAGGAUAUAAUUUUUUGCUGACUGCAUGGCUGUGCUAUAAUUUAUAGCUUACUCUCUCAAAACUUAAAAUGGAGGUUGUUGACGGUUGUGAGGUUUUGUCAUUUUAAAUAAUUUUAAAUAAACUUUUGUGCAUCCCAAGAACAUG